AAACCUUUCCCCCUUUCACAUUCUUAGUCACCUUAACCAUUUUUCUCCUUCUUCUUUCCAUUCUUUCAAUAUAAAAAAAAAAAAAAAUUCCAAACCCAACGCCUUCAAAAAUAAUAUUAAGAGAGAAAAACCUUCAAUAUAUAAAAAAAUAAAUCCAAACCCAAGACAACACAACCACACUUCAAUGACUAAUCUAAAUCAUGACUAAAUGACUUUAAAUAAAGCUCAGUCGUCUUCAACUUAUGCGUUCUGUUCCACCCCUUCGUUGAGCACUCAACCGAGGUCUCAAGCUGCGUUGUUAGUCAUGGGUGAUAGAAUUCAUGUUGUUGUUCCAAAAGAUUAUGUAAUUGGGUUCAAAGAUACGUUGAAAGAACACACAAUAUAUAUUAUGCACAGUUGUUCUAUUGUUGAUAAUGAUGAGCAAUUUAAGGUUUGUGAUCACCCUUAUAAGUUGAUGUUUAAUAGUGGGACUAUUCUGGCAGAGGAGAAGUUAGAUCAAAUUCCGUCACAUGUUUAUAACUUUAAGUCUUUUGGUGAUAUCCUUAGUGGGAAAUGUCAAAGUAAUUUGUUAGUAGCUAAAGUUUUUAAUAUCAAUUUCUUUGUUAAGUUUUAGAACUUUCAUUUCUAUGUGUGCAACAUAAUAAUUAAUUGUUCUAUCCAUAGAUGUGAUUGGUGUUGUGCAUGAAGUCGCUUUCACACAGAGAGGGUGUUGGAAAGAAAAUUCAAGCUUCAUUUAAUAUGAAAUUUUUUGGGUAAAACAUAGUUUAACAUUUAUAAAUAGUUAUACAUGUUAACGAAAUUCAACCUUUAAGAAAUAAAAUACAAUGUAACUAAUCAUUUUCAAUUGUUUAUAGUGUCAGUAUUAUUAACUCUACUUUUUGGAAAGACUAUGGGAGGAAAUUUAUGUCUUACAGUGUCAAAACAUCUGAAAAUGCAGCAAUUAUUAUUAUUUUAACACAUGCACGGGUCAAACAUGCACAUGGUAAUUUUUUAACAUUCAUGUAGAAAAGUUAUUAUUAUUCAA